AACAUUCAAGUUCACAAACUCGGAAGAGAUGCAGUUACUUUAUUUUUCGUUGCAUUUUGUGUUGAUAUUCACAGUGUUCACUGACUGCAAACCAAUAGAACUAGUACCUGACGGGUACAAAAUAUUGGAUGUUGGGAAAGCAAAGCUAAGGAUCGGUACUCGACUAAUUUCCAAUAUCCAAGUUCUUCUACCAAGCUUCGAUGAAAUUAGUGAAUUCGGAAAACAAACAUUACUGAGCUAUCCACUGGAAGCCAUAACUGCAGGCAUACACAGCUUUUGUUCUGCGGCGGUUGCCACAAAUGGAACUGAACCUCUGUACGAACCCGACCUGAGUAGAAUGAAUUAUGUGCUGAUGACCGAUAGUGGAAAUUAUUCGUACUCGCUGAAUCGCUCCGGAGACAUAUGGAAAAGUCCCCAGUUCUCACAUCAAUUACAAACGGUAUUGCUAGUGACGGGUUGGUUGACAACAAUCGACAGUGCUAACGAUGCGGUAGAUGCCCUGUACAAAGCAUACCGAGCAAGAGGACAGAUUAACUUCCUGGUGAUCGAUACAGCUUCGCAGCUAAACACAUUGUACACUUGGUCAUCGUUCAACACCAAUGGUUUGGGAGAGACUCUAGGCGAAGGUUUAGCCGAACUAGUGGAAUAUGUUCCAGUUGAGUCCAUACAUCUGAUUGGGCACAGCUUGGGAGCACAUAUCGUCGGAGCUGCCGGACGGCGAUUCCAGGAAUUGAAGGAAUUCAAUUUACCUCGUAUCACAGGCCUUGAUCCGGCCAAUCCAUGCUUCAACGAAGGCGAAUCUUUGUCCGGUUUAAGUCGCGGUGAUGCCGAUUUUGUGGACGUAAUUCAUAGCAACGUGAGAGUUCUUGGGAAACGAGAUCCUAUCGGUGAUAUCGACUUCUAUCCGAAUGGAUUGAAUUCAAUUCAACCAGGGUGUUACACGAUAACCUGCUCGCACAGCCGGGCUUGGGAAUACUAUGCAGAAAGUGUCUAUCCAGGAAACGAACGAAACUUCAUUGGUGUCAAAUGUAACGGACUGUCAGCACUUAUAAGUGGGCUUUGCCGGCGACAAAAAGCUGUUAUGGGAUAUGCAGUCUGUAACAACAUCAAAGGAAACUUUUUCAUGCGCGUAAAUUCGAACGCUCCUUUUGGAAGACUUGAUUCUUUUUGAAUCAAAAUUGAUGGUGAAUUUAUAUCAAUACAUCAAGGUGUUUGUUUUGAGAUUAUAAUCGUCAUUGUAAAUAUAUUCGAAAGAGUUCCAGCAUA